AUGGCUUCCAAUGGUGACGUACAGGCAAAACAAGAUGUAACAGAUACACCGAAGACCGAAGAUGCCUCUUUACCUCUGACCAACGGGACCAACGGUCACGAUCACGACCAUGAUCACCACGAUGACCCCAAUGCUGGUGCAUUGUUCCAGGUCACCGUGAAGCUGCCUCACAAACCCUAUAAACAACAGCUCAUGGUAACGCAUCAGGAGCAAGUCCAAGAUGUCCGUCAAUCCAUCGUCGAGACUCCCGAUACCUUCCAGUAUACCUGUUUCCACCUCGAGCACAAUGGCCUGCGGAUCAAUGACUUUGUGGAGCUCUCCGAGGUGAAGGACCUCAAACCCAAUGAUGAUUUGACACUCGUUGAAGAUCCUUAUACAGAGAAAGAGGCAAGAUUGCAUGUGAUUCGGAUAAGAGAGCUCAUCGGAGCCACUGGAGACCGAUCCGACCAGCUCCAUGGCAUCUGUGCUGGGCUCUCUUUGCACGAUGAGAAGUUUGGUUCUGCCCAGGCACCUUUGCCAAAGCCAGAGGAUAAUCCCUUGGCUGGUUACGAGGUCGACGGCAGACCGUCUCUGGAUGCUGUCCUUCCCACAAAAGAGGAUGGGCUGCCCAAGACGAUCAAGUCUCUGUCUGUGUCACAGUGGAACCCACCCCCAUACCAUCUGCGGCAAAAGGGCCAUCUCCUGUAUUUGCAGCUUACAACUAAUGAAGGGGAGCAAUACCAAAUAACUUCGAGCGUAUCCGGUUUCUUCGUCAACAAAUCGUCAAGCAACAAAUUCGACCCCUUCCCCAAGUCAGCACCAAAGAAUUACAGUGCGCACUCGCUGCUCACUUUGAUCUCUCUCCUUUCGCCGUCCUUCAACGAUACAUUUGUUGAGCUGCAGAAGAUCAACGGCAGGAAGGAUCUGUUGACGACCUUCCCAUUCCAGAAUGCCAUUCCAGCAAACCCAUGGCUUGUACCGGGAUCAUACGCUCAGAGCACACAUCAUCAAGCAGAUCCUACACGGUCACAGGAAGCAUACCUCAUUGGCGGAGCCGAUGGAGCCGAAAAUCUCCGCGAUUGGAAUGAAGAAUUUCAGACGACACGAGAACUCCCACGCGAGAACCUGCAAGACCGAGUUUUCCGGGAACGUCUGACCUCGAAAUUGUUCGCCGAUUACAACGAUGCAGCUGCCCGGGGUGCUGUUCUGGUUGCCCGAGGUGAGGUUGCACCUUUAAAUCCUACCGAAGGCCGCGAUGCUCAAAUCUUCAUCUACAACAACAUCUUUUACUCUUUCGGCGCCGACGGCGUCCAAACUUUCGCCAGCGAGGGUGGAGACGAGGCCGCUAGGGUUGCUGUGGGAAAGGAUGUAGCUGGUGUCAAGGCCGUCAACCAGCUGGACAUCAACGGGCUAUUUACUCCCGGUACUGUGGUGGUCGACUACCUCGGCAAACGUAUAGUUGGACAGAGUAUCGUCCCGGGAAUCUUCAAGCAGAGAGAGCCAGGUGAGCAUCAGAUUGAUUAUGGUGGCGUCGAGGGUCGGGACAUUGUCACCGAGAACGAGGCUUUCGUACCCGUUUUCGAGAAGCUGUCCAAAUCACUUCACGUCAAGAAGCACGCUGUCUGGGACAAGGAUGGCAAGCGACAUGAUCUCGAAGGUAGUGUCGAGACCAAGGGUCUCCUGGGCACCGAUGGCCGCAAAUAUGUCCUGGACCUCUACCGUAUCACCCCCUUGGAUGUCGCUUGGUCAGAUGAAGUGGAGGUCGACGGUGACAACAAGUACCCGCAUCGCAUGUCUGUUUUAAGGCUGGAGCUUGUGGAGGCAUAUUGGCGCAUGAAGAUGCAAGAAUACGUGCGCGCCGAGGUUGAAAAGAGGCGGAACAACAAGUCAAAUGGCCACAGCGACGAGCAGAAGAAACUGGAGUUCGCAGAGCCCAAUGGACAUACUGAAGAGGGUGAGGCCAAGGAGGAGGGAAGCACCGCAGCAGAAGGUGACGGCAAAAAUGACGCCGCCGGCUUGGAGCAGGAAAGAGUCGAUAUCUCGAACUUCAAUUUCAGCCUCAAUCCAGACGUCUGCAGUGGGCAGGAACCACAAGGUGAAGAGGAGAAACAGGAAUACGCUGACGACGAAAAGAAUGUCCGUGCAGUCUGUGAUUUCCUUCGCAGUAAAAUCAUUCCAGACCUCAUCACCGAUCUGCAUGAUGGUGAUGUUGGUUUCCCUAUGGAUGGCCGGUCUCUGUGUCAGUUACUACACAAGCGUGGCAUUAACAUAAGGUAUCUGGGCCGACUAGCCAAUGCUGCAAAGGAAAAGGGUGCCCGCCUUCAAGCCUUUUCUCGGGUGGUAUUGCAGGAGAUGGUGGCGAGGGCUGCCAAGCAUAUCAUCAACGGGUAUUUGCGACAUUUGCCCGCUGUGUUCGCCGCUCCAUGCAUCUCACAUCUGCUGAACUGCCUGCUAGGCGCAGAGAUGAACUCUAACCCCCGACCGGAGAUCGAGGAAGAUCUACGAGCCUUGUACCCCGAAGGUGAUUUCUCUUUCGAGCAGAUGAACCCAGUGAAGCUGCAAGCUGAGGUUGAGAAGCAAGUGAAGAUGAGGUAUAGGCAUGAUCUUGAAGCAGGGUGGCAGUCAUCGAUUCAACCACUACCCCUUCUCAGGGAAGUGAGCUUGAAGCUUGGAUUGCAGCUUGUUGCGCGAGAGUACUCGUUCAGCAAAACCGUCCAUUUGUCACUCGACGCAUCACCUGCUCGAAGCAGCAGUGACACUCGCUCCAAUGACGGGGCGACACAAGAGACCGCAAGCAAGAAAAAGAAGAAGACCAAAGGUGGCGAACCAGUACAGACCAACGGUGCUGCGUCAAAACCGAAUACUACGUUCAUCCCAGACGACAUUCUCAACAUCGCACCUGUCGUUAAAGAUUCCACUCCAAGAAGCUCUCUUGCGGAAGAAGCAUUGGAAGCUGGUAAGAUCUCUUUAGCACAGGGACAAAAGCAGCUGGGCCAGGAACUCGUCCUCGAGUCCCUGUCCUUGCACGAGCAAAUCUACGGCAUCUUGCACCCAGAAGUUGCCAAGAUGUACCACUCUCUGUCGACGAUUUACUAUCAGACUGACGAGAAAGAGGCCGCAGUCGAGCUCGCGCGCAAGGCUGUCAUCGUCACCGAAAGGACGUUGGGAGUAGAUUCGCACGAUGCUAUAUUGGCGUACUUGAAUCUCUCCCUCUUUGAGCAUCAUGUCGGUAAUACCAAGCAGGCCCUGAAAUAUGUCAGGCAUGCGCUCGACGUGUGGAAGAUCAUCUUCGGACCCAGUCAUCCAGACUCGAUCACUACGAUGAACAACGCGGCUGUCAUGCUUCAGUCUUUGAAAGAGUACUCUGAAUCUCGAAAGUGGUUUGAAGCUUGUUUCACCGUCUGUGAGGGCCUGUUCGGACGGCAGUCCAUCAAUGCAGCCACCAUCUUGUUCCAGCUUGCACAGGCAUUGGCCCUUGACGGAGAUGCCAAAGGUGCUGUGAACAAGAUGCGGGAGGCAUACAAUAUCUUCUUGGCCGAGCUUGGACCUAGCGAUCGGAAUACCAAGGAGGCAGAAAGCUGGCUGGAACAGUUGACUCAAAAUGCAGUUUCCCUUGCUAAGCAGGCAAGAGCGCUCCAGACACGGAAACUGGCCGGCAUUCGCCAUCUCCCUCGCAUGGGAUUGGGAACUCGACUUCAACCACAAAAUGCUAACAGCGCUGCGCCGAACACAGGCGCACAUACCGCUGCCGCAGAGCCAAAUGUGCGCACUGGCACAGGAAAUGUUGCGCUUGACUCCAGGAGUAUUGACGAGCUGUUGAGAUACAUUGAAGGCAACGACACUUCAAGCAGCCCCCGGUCGAAGCAGAAGAAGUCGAUGAAUCCCAAAGCGAGAACGGCCAGAAAAACAGCGGCAGCGUAG